AUUAAGGCUCGUUCACACCGGCGACUAGCACCGGUCGCGCGACCGUUUGCGACUGGCGACCAAAAAGCGACUGAAAGCGACCGAUGUUCACACCGGCAGAGGCUGCAUGCGAGCGACCGGAAGUCGCAAACCCAGAGAGUCACGUCCGGAUCUCGUUAUCAGCGAGAACUUUGGAGACCGCCGCCAGUCAGCUGAUCGCCGCCAACUGAGCGCGCCGGGUUUAUUGUUUUCUUUGGGCGUCAUGGACUACGAUUCCAGUGAAGAAGAAGAGAUCGUCACUGUGCUGAUGUGCUCAGCCAUCGCGUCAGCGCUGGCAGAGCGGAAGCCUUCAAAGAAGAAGAGGCGGUGGUGGGUGCGACCGUCGCUUCGCUCGCGAGAGGUUGCUGGCCACGCAAGCCGCCUGCUUCCCGACCUGCGCUCGCACGACGAAGAAUAUUUCCGAGACUUCCUGCGAAUGCCGCCAAGAACUUUUGACACAUUGCUAGAGCUGCUGCGUCCCGCCAUCUCGAAGCAAGACACUAACUACCGGCCUGCAAUUUCGGCGCAUGAUCGCCUGGCCAUGACCAUUAGGUUUCUGGCCACAGGCGAGACGCAGAGGGACGUGGCCUUUAACUUUCUUGCAGGAAGGUCCACAGUCAGCUCUAUAGUGGCGGAGGUUACUCAGGCCCUUUGGCUUGUACUCGAGCCACUGUACCUCCAGCACCCUUCAACGGCAGAUGAGUGGAUGAAGGUAUGCCAUGCUUGUUUUUCCAGCAAGCUUCUAAUGCAACAGCACAUACUGCAGCAAACAGAAGCCCAAAUGAAACAGUUCUUUGCCGAAUUUCAUGACCUGAAGCGAUACGUUCAUGAGAGCCUCUACAAAGAAUCGAAGCGUCGACGUAAGCAGAGCCAACAGCGGUCCCAGGAGUCAGACGCCAAAAGCAUGCUUACCUCGGACGCUGAAACCACACCCACCUCCUCGCACCAUGGCAAUUAA